AUGCUGGAGCGGUUGCGUCAGCAUGUUCGCCUCGCCAUGCCCCAGUCCCUCAUCGAGGCUCUCUGUGAAGCUGAAUGGGCAGAGUACUUUGUAGGGACAAAACGUUCAGCUGCAGAUGUACCAAGGCAGACUCUGCUCUCCCCUCAGAAGCCGGGCAGCAAUGAAUCCUGGGUAGAUUUGAAAGGUUACUUGCCUCUCAAUGUGUCCUACCAGCUGCUUGCUGGAACACCACCAGCAAAGCACAGGUUCCUAACUGUUGGGCUAGCGUCAGUGAAGAGGAAGAAGGGCAGUUACCUCCUCCCCACUUUGCGCUCUCUCUUCUCCCAGUCAUCCCCAGAAGAGCGCGCCUCCAUGGUGGUGGUGGUGCUGCUAGCAGACUUCAGUGCUUCAUGGAGAGAGGCUACAGUGGGGGAAAUCAAAACUGCAUUCACUUCUGAGCUCGAGCAAGGCCAGCUGUUGGUUUUAUAUGUACCUCAGCAGUAUUACCCCCCUCUAAAAGGGCUAAAGAGGAACUUUAAAGAUUCUCCAGAGCGUGUGUCUUUCCGCUCCAAGCAGAACUUGGACUAUUCUUUUCUGAUUCAUUACAGCACUGGUCUCAGCCAGUACUACCUCCAGCUGGAGGAUGACAUCUUGUCUGCACCCAACUACCUGUCCACCAUCAGAAAACACAUUCAGGAGCAAGAAGCGAAAUCGAUAGCUUGGGCAACGUUGGAGUUCUCUAGGCUAGGUUACAUUGGGAAACUAUACCACUCUGCUGAUCUCCCUCUGCUGGUUCGCUUUCUCUUCCUAUUCUACCAGGAAAUGCCCUGUGAUUGGCUGCUAACUCACUUCCGCCGGCUGCUGACCCAGACGGAGCAAAUCCUCUUCAAGCCUUCACUAUUCCAGCACAUGGGCACCUUCUCCUCAUUUCAGGGUACAUACAACAAGCUAAAGGAUCAGGACUUUGAGGAAACUGCCUAUUCCAACCCCUCAGCGGACGUUUACUCUGACAUGUCUGUCUAUAAGGACCACGAGCCUAGAUUGGCAUGGGCCGCUGGAGACGGAUUUUUCUGGGCACGCUCGCCAGAGAAAGGAAACCACUUGACUGUGGUGUUAAGAGAGCCUAUCGUGGUGACAGGGAUUAUUGUGGAAACAGGGUCUGAGGGAAAAGACCUCCUGGAUUCAGCUGUGGUGGAGCUGGGUAAUAACAUGCAUAACACAGAAACUGGUGAGAAAAGUUGCAAGAAGUUCCAUUUAUUGGGGAAUGUAGAGAAUGGAAUGUUUGAGAUGCAGCUAGAUAAUAAGCAUGGCUCUGCCUCCUCCUGUGUGAGGGUACGGGUCACAGCCAGCCAGGAAAAUUGGGUGAUCAUUCAGAAAAUUAGGAUCAUAGCAAAGACCAAAACACCCUUCAACGGAGGAUCUACAUUUAAAAAAAUGUGA